AAGACUUACAAACAUAUAUAAUAUCGUAGAACAUUCCCUAGCAUCGGAAGAGUGCCUUGUUGAGAAAAAAUUUUGACUGUGCCGACCAUACAAGGAAAAAAAAUCUUACGAUAAUUUAUACUGUACUCCACAUUUGGAUUUUAUUGUCAUCCUGUUUGAGUUUUUCUACAUUCAGACAAAUCGAACACCAUUGUUUGGAAGACCAAGCAAAGUUUUAUAAAAAAAUUUUAUAAAGGCCCCAAAAAAAGGGAUACCUUUUUACUUAUUAUAUAAAUAGAUACCAGCAUCAAACAUGGCCAGAGCAUCUGAUUCUGACUCCUCUGAGUCUGGGACUUCCCCAGCGCUUCAAAAAACCGAAUCCCCAGUUGAAGGAAACGACUCAUUGACUGACCCUCAGGCUUUCACUGGUGCCCCAGCUGACCUUGAACGUGCCUAUACCUCAGGGUUAGAUGCGUCUGGAUUGGAGGCUGGUGAAGAUGAGCUUUCUCGUUAUGAACUGAGUGCUCAAGCUUCUAGACAACUCUCAAGACGUCUUACCGGAGGUGAUGACUUGCUUGCCGAAGCUAAUGACACGGACGAGCCAUUGCCUGUCAUGGGUGGUGGCAGAGACUAUCCACCUCCAUUGGGUGACAGAGAUAUAUACUCUGUUGCCUACGACGGACCUUCAGACCCUAUACAUCCUCACAAUUGGAAACUUAGUAAAAAGAUUCUCAUCUGUUAUGUGGUUGGUAUGUUGGCCUUAUCUGCAUCAGUUGGUUCUGCCAUCUUCGCAGAGGCAACCCCAGAAGUGAUGGAGAUCUUUGGCAUAGGAUCCACCACUGCUACCUUGGGUACUUCAUUGUAUGUUUUCGGGUUUGCAUCCGGUCCUAUCAUUUGGGGUCCGCUUUCUGAAUUAUACGGUCGUCAAGUGGUGCUUAUUCCAUCCUGUUUCGGUUUCAUCUGUUUCAGUUUUGCUGUAGCCACCGCUAAAGACAUUCAAACUAUCAUGCUCUGUCGUUUCUUUGCUGGGUUCAUUGGUGCUUCCCCUCUUGUGGUUGCUCCAGCCGCAUUGGCAGACUUGUUUGGCGCCGCCACCAGAGGUCAAGCCAUGGCUCUCUUUGCCAUGGUAUUGUUCGGUGGUCCAAUGUUGGCCCCAAUAUUCGGUGGCUUCAUUGUGAAGAAUCCCGGUUUGGGCUGGAGAUGGUGUCUGUACAUUUCUGCCUUCAUUGGUAUCGUUGCUUUCAUUUCUCUUAUCUUCCUCUACACUGAGACUCACCAUCCAUUGAUUCUUGUCAAGAAGGCUGAAACGUUGAGAAGAAGAACCGGUAACUGGGGUAUCCACGCUCCACACGAAGAAUUCUCCCUCUCCUUGAAAGAAAUUGCCGAAAAGAAUAUUACAAGACCUUUAAGAAUGUUAUUUACUGAACCAAUUUUGUUCUUAAUUACUUUAUACAACUCGUUCAUCUAUGGAUUGUUAUAUCUCUUUUUGACGGCGGUGCCAUUAAUCUUCCAAGGAAAAUACCAUUGGGUUAGCGGAGUGGCUGAAUUGCCAUAUUUGUCUAUGCUUAUUGGUAUCUUCUUUGGUGGGUUAUUGUGUAUCUUCUUUGAAAGAAGAUACGGAAAAAUCAUGGCUGAAAAGGGUAAGCCAGUUCCUGAAGAAAGACUUCCUCCAAUGAUGAUUGGUGGCUUUGUUUUCGCAAUUGGUAUCUUUUGGAUGGGUUGGUCUGGUGAUUUCCCCGACAAGGUUCAUUGGAUGGUGCCAACUGUUGGUAUUGCAUUCAUUGGUUUUGGUUUAAUUACCAUCUUUUUGCCAUGUAUGAAUUAUAUCAUUGAUUGUUAUUUGUUCUUUGCUGCCUCUGCCCUUGCAGGUAAUACUUUUAUGAGAUCUAUGUUUGGAGGUGUUUUCCCACUUUUCGCUCGUCAAAUGUUUGUUAAUAUGAAAAUUAAGUGGGCUGGUACUUUGUUAGGAUGUGUUGCUGUGGCAAUGAUUCCCGUUCCAUUCCUUUUUUACAAGUAUGGUGUUCAAUUAAGAACGAAAUCCAAGUACGCGUUCGUGCUUGACUAGACUUUAGUAUAGCUUAACGAUACAUAUAUAUAUAUAAAAAAAUGCAAGUAUACC